AUGAAACCUCUGGCGACUCGUGUCCUGCCGUACAUCCAUCGAUUGAGCACAGUUGUAUGCCCCAGGGUACAGCUACUGACAACCAAGAUUGUUCAGGGCAAGAAUUACCUGUUCUUCAAUCACUCCGUGCCGGAGUUACGCUCCUGUUGUGGCGUGAAAUACCUCACCGAUGUCAGUUGCGCAUAUGUGCGAUUUGUACGAAAGGACGAUGUUCGCAACAAAAGAAUAGGCCAGCAAUAUUUCCGUUUAAGCACGAAAAGGAGAUACCUUGAGGUGGGAACUGGCGUUCAGUAUUUUUGGAUUCGAUGUAGCGCAUAUGGAAAAAUUAUCUAUAAUGAUACCCUGUUUUUCCUGCCACCGCCACCGCCGAAGAAGGAAAAUCGGAAGCCGCGUACCCAUGAAAAACUCUCCGUCAUGAUUUUGGGCAUUGACUCGUUGUCGCACAUGCACUAUCUGCGCUCCUUUCCAGAGGUGGCGACCUUUAUUGAUAGACUGCCGCAUACCGAGUUCUGGGGCUACAACCGCAUUGGACGCAACACCUAUGCCAAUAUGCUUCGCCUCUUGACCGGCCGGAGCCCUAAAGAACUGAAUGGGACCUGCCAUUCAGGAAACAAAACCUUCGAUAGAUGUCGGUUUUUGUGGGAUGAUUUCAAGGCGGCAGGGUACACGACCAGCUAUGGGGAGGACAGCGAUCAGCAUGACAUAUUAACUAUGCAUGGGGGGGGAUUUAAAAAACAACCCACGGAGUUUUAUUUACGCCCCGUGAUGCAGAAUAUACGACAGCGCACCCAUUAUGAGGCCAGGACGUUGGGUAAGCUGUAUAUAUCUAUGGAGUGCACCGCUGGACGCCUGUAUGAGGAUGUUCUCUAUGAAUUCAUCUACAAGCUAAUGCCGCACAUGAGACAGAAGCCAUCAUUCUCCUUAUUUUGGAAAGCAUCGGGCGUCCAUGACUAUUUCAACUAUGCCCGGACAAUAGACAAGGACUUUGUGAGGAUAUUGCGUGAGCUGCAGGAACAGGGUAUCAUGAAUCACACCCUGAUCCUGCUGAUGUCCGAUCACGGGCUAAGAUUCCAGGGCACCGACUGUGAGGGUGUCGAUUUCACGCAAACAUUUCAGGGCAUGGAGGAGAUCUCACAGCCAUUGCUGAUAGCCCUCUACCCCGAAUGGAUGACCGAAAGGUUUCCCUUGGCCAUGGCCAAUCUUCAGCAAAAUGCCCACAGUCUCCUUACAACAUUCGAUCUGCAUGAAACCCUCAAAGAUGUCCUCCACUUGGAGCAGUUGAGCGACUAUCAAGUGAAGGAUCGAACGUUCAGUUUGGAUAACGAUCGCGGCAUCAGUUUGUUUCUUCCGAUUCCGGAUGAAAGGAACUGCACCACCGCCCAGAUACCAGGCCACUUUUGUCUCUGUUUCAAACUACGGCGGAUAUCCCCCAACGAGAGUUCUGUUCAAAAGGCAGCACAGUUCGUGCUUGACAGCAUCAAUGACCUAAUCAAACCCUAUCCCCAGUGUCAGUCGUUGAGGUUGGUGAAAGUUCUGGCCGCCUAUAACCUAAGCGGUAGAAGGCAGAAAAACAUAAAACAUGCUAUACCCAAGGCUCCCUAUUAUCCACGUACCACAAAGAAGGGGAAAAAGGUAGACUACGUUGCAAGUGAUAACGAUGGACGAGCUGUUCAUAAGAUAAGGGUACGUCUGAGUGCCAGACCUGGUGAGGGACGGUUCGAUGCCAGCGUAGUGCUCAGGCCACGGAUGAGACUAGAUGGUCCUGUGACGCGAACUGACAAAUAUAAGAGUAAAUCUUAUUGCGUCAACGAUUAUGGCAUUGAAAUGUUUUGCAAUUGUUUGUAA